AUGAUGCAAGAAUCUGGGACUGAGACAAAAAGUAACGGUUCAGCCAUUCAGAAUGGAGCGAGCGGUGGCAACCAUUUACUAGAGUGCAGCCUGCGGGAAGUGAGAUCAAACGGCGAGACACCUUCAGUUGAAAUUGGGGCUGCAGAUUUAGCACAUCUUCAGCAACAGCAGAAACAAGCUCUCCAGGUGGCACGGCAGCUUCUACUGCAACAGCAGCAGCAGCAGCAACAGCAGCAGCAGCAACAAGUUAGUGGAUUAAAGUCUCCGAAGAGGAAUGAGAAACAGCCAGCCCUUCAGGUUCCAGUCUCGGUGGCUAUGAUGACACCUCAAGUGAUCACUCCCCAGCAAAUGCAGCAGAUCCUCCAGCAACAAGUGCUCACUCCCCAGCAACUCCAAGUCCUGCUCCAACAGCAGCAGGCACUCAUGCUUCAACAGCAGCAGCUUCAAGAGUUUUAUAAGAAACAACAGGAACAGUUGCAGCUUCAACUUUUACAGCAACAACAUGCUGGAAAACAGCCUAAAGAGCAACAACAGGUGGCUACGCAGCAGUUGGCCUUUCAGCAGCAGCUCUUACAGAUGCAGCAGUUGCAGCAGCAGCACCUCCUGUCUUUGCAGCGUCAGGGGCUGCUAACGAUCCAGCCUGGCCAGCCUACUCUGCCUUUGCAACCCCUCGCACAAGGCAUGAUUCCAACAGAACUGCAGCAGCUCUGGAAGGAAGUGACAAGCUCGCACACAGCGGAGGAGGCAGCCAGCAACAACCACAGCAGCCUGGACCUGUCCACCACCUGCGUCUCCUCCUCCGCGCCGUCUAAGACCUCCUUAAUCAUCAACCCGCACGCCUCAACUAAUGGACAGCUAUCGGUCCACACUCCUAAACGGGAGAGUUUAUCCCACGAGGAGCACUCGCACAGCCAUCCACUCUACGGACACGGCGUAUGCAAAUGGCCAGGCUGUGAAGCAGUAUGUGAAGACUUCCAGUCGUUCCUAAAACAUCUCAACAGUGAGCAUGCGCUGGAUGAUAGAAGUACAGCCCAAUGUAGAGUACAAAUGCAGGUUGUACAGCAGUUAGAGCUACAGCUUGCAAAAGAUAAAGAGCGCCUGCAAGCCAUGAUGACACACCUGCAUGUGAAGUCAACCGAACCAAAAGCCACCCCUCAGCCCCUGAAUCUGGUAUCGAGCGUCACGCUUUCCAAGACUGCAUCCGAGGCGUCACCGCAGAGCUUACCUCAUACUCCCACCACCCCGACUGCGCCCAUCACUCCCGUCACGCAGGGACCGUCGGUCAUCACUACCACGAGCAUGCACAACGUCGGACCCAUCCGGAGGCGGUACUCGGAUAAAUACAACGUCCCCAUUUCUUCAGCAGAUAUUGCCCAGAACCAAGAAUUUUAUAAGAACGCAGAAGUUAGACCACCAUUCACGUAUGCAUCUUUAAUUAGACAGGCCAUCCUCGAAUCUCCAGAAAAACAGCUAACACUAAAUGAAAUCUACAACUGGUUCACGCGAAUGUUCGCUUACUUCAGACGCAACGCAGCGACGUGGAAGGGUGCCAUUCGCACCAACCUCUCACUGCAUAAGUGCUUUAUCAGAGUAGAGGAUGAGUUUGGGUCCUUUUGGACUGUUGAUGAUGAAGAGUUUAAACGUGGCCGUCAUAUUCAACGAGGCCGUCCUCGAAAAUACUGCCCUGAUGAAAACUUUGGCGAGCUUGUUGCACAUAACCCUUCUCUUAUUAAAAACAUACAGACCAGCCACACCUACUGCACACCUCUCAAUGCUGCUUUACAGGCUUCAAUGGCUGAGAACAGUAUACCUCUAUACACUACUGCUUCCAUGGGAAAUCCCACUCUGGGCAAUUUAGCCAACGCGAUGAGGGAAGAGCUUAAUGGUGCAAUGGAGCAUACGAACAGUAACGGGAGUGACAGUAGUCCAGGACGUUCCCCUAUGCAAGCAAUGCACCCCGUGCAUGUCAAAGAAGAACCGUUAGAUCCAGAUGAAAAUGAAGGCCCGCUAUCCUUAGUGACAACAGCCAACCACAGUCCAGAUUUCGAUCACGACAGAGAUUAUGAAGAUGAACCUGUAAAUGAGGACAUAGAAUGAGUAUGUCUGACAUCGUUACCCUG